AUGAAUUUCGAUGGUGCUACUGAUGUGAAGAAUGGGGUCUGUGGGCUGGGAGUAGUUUUCCGAGACCAUUUAGGACAUCUACGAGGGGCUAUGGCUGUUCCCCAGGUUGGUAAUAUCUCACCAAGGGCUGUUGAAUCGUUGGCACUACUACAUGGUCUCAGGUUUGCUCUACAUGUUGGUUAUUUAAGUUUAGAAGUAGAGGGGGAUGCGCUAACAGUCUUAAAUACCUUGCAUGAUGACAGUGGUGAUCUUAGUUCGGAAGGUCAUAUAUUAGAUGAAGUUAAACAGUUAGUUUUAUCUUUUACUAGUUGUAGUUGA